UUCUAUACCUCUUCCAUUAACCCCAAGAAAACAAACGGCUCUGUUCUCUCUCUCUCUCUCUUUCUCUCUUGCCAAGAAAAUCUUGAACCCACCUCGGGACAAUGAUCUCUUCUGUUAAACCAACUCCAUCUUCCUUCUCCGCCACCUCCACCGGCGCCAGACGGUCAAUUCCGACGAAGCUCCAGUUUUCUCCUUUACACAUCACCAGAAGCUGCCAUAACCAAAGCUUCAUCAACUCCAAUGUCUCCCAUCAAAAGCCGCUCCACAUUUCAUCUGCCGAGAACCUUUCUAGCUUCAAGCGUGAGGUCAGAGUCGAAGCCUACGAGGCAGAUCGAUCUCGUCCGCUCGACAUCAACAUCGAGCUUCCCGACGAACAAUCAGCGCAGAAGCUGAAGAUCGGAAUCUAUUUCGCGACUUGGUGGGCACUCAACGUUGUCUUCAACAUCUACAACAAGAAAGUCCUCAACGCUUUUCCUUACCCGUGGCUAACUUCGACCUUGUCUCUCGCUUGUGGCUCUCUCAUGAUGCUCGUUUCUUGGGCCACUAGAAUAGCUGAAGCUCCUAAAACUGAUCUCGAUUUCUGGAAAACUCUGUUCCCGGUGGCUGUGGCGCACACAAUCGGACAUGUGGCAGCAACAGUGAGUAUGUCGAAAGUAGCAGUGUCCUUCACACACAUCAUCAAAAGUGGUGAACCAGCUUUCAGUGUCUUGGUCUCAAGAUUCUUCUUGGGAGAGACUUUCCCUCUUCCAGUUUAUCUCUCUCUCUUACCCAUCAUCGGAGGAUGUGCUCUCGCCGCAGUCACCGAGCUUAACUUCAACAUGAUUGGGUUUAUGGGAGCGAUGAUAUCGAAUUUAGCAUUUGUGUUUAGGAACAUAUUUUCAAAGAAAGGGAUGAAAGGGAAGUCAGUGAGCGGAAUGAAUUACUACGCUUGCUUAUCGAUGAUGUCUCUUUUGAUCCUCACACCAUUUGCAAUCGCUGUAGAAGGUCCUAAAAUGUGGGCUGCUGGUUGGGAAAACGCAGUUUCUCAACAAAUUGGACCGAACUUUGUCUGGUGGGUAGUGGCACAGAGUGUGUUCUACCAUUUGUAUAAUCAGGUCUCAUACAUGUCCUUAGACCAGAUUUCGCCGUUGACAUUCAGUAUCGGUAAUACAAUGAAGAGGAUUUCGGUCAUUGUGGCUUCUAUCAUCAUUUUUCAUACCCCGGUUCAACCAGUCAAUGCUCUUGGAGCUGCCAUUGCCAUUCUUGGAACUUUCCUAUACUCACAGGCUAAGAUGUGAGGAUGGUUUAGGAAGCUGGAUUUUUUCGAUGGAUUUCGAUAGGAACUAUUAACAAGAAAUAAAUUUUGAGGUGAGAUCAACAUCGGAAAUAGCUUUGUCCUGUCAAUGGAUUUGAAGAAACUGUAGCAUGAAGUUGAUGAUCUCACAAGAGUGCUUGCUUUUUUUUUUUACAUUUUGUGUAUCAUUUUAGAUUUUGCAUAAGACCAAGUAGAUAUUCUAUAUCAUAAUAUAAAGCA